AUGUAAUCUUAUUAGGAGGCUCCUUUCUUUGAAAACAAUACAUCCAAGAAAAAAAUUAGAUAUGAAAAUGCUGACAUAUACGGAAAAUAAUAAUAAAAAAAAUAUCACUAUAUUGUACUAGAUUAAGAAAACUCGACUGAGUUUAGUUAGUACUUAGUGAUAAUGACGAAUCAAACCACUCAAUAUAAAUUGGUUAUAAAGAAUUUGUCUGAAAUGCCUUGUCCUAACAAUUGUAGCAAUAAUGGAAUUUGUAGGAACGGCGUUUGUAUUUGCAAUCCUGGAUAUUUGGAUCAUGAUUGCUCAGAAGAAGGGUUAAGAAUAACUCCAUUUGUACAAUUUCAAUAGUAAAAAAAUAGUGCAACUGUGAAAUACAUUUGCAUAUGUUUUAACUACACUCUUGGUUUCAAUAUGCUUAUUAAAUUUUCUUAAUAAUGGGAGAAUGUUUCUGAUGUGAGAGUGCAAAUCUUGAUAUCCUAGAAAUUCAAUUUACCCUCUGAUUAUAAUAACACUUAUGAUGAAAUUAUAAAUACAACGAAAAUUGGCAAAUAUAAAGUAUUAUCAAAUGUCAAUCCACUUGAUAUUGAAUAAGUUAGUAUUUCAAAUUAAUCUUAUUCUUUGUUAAUAAAAAUAAUAUCUAAGAACUUAGUACAAUGUUGUAUUUCGAUCGAUUUUUAAGGAUUGGAAUAUUAGGAGGAAGAAAAAAUGCUUAAAUUGCUAGUAAUACUUGGCUUAAUUGGUUUUUUUUUAUUAAUUUUUGGGAUUAUUGUAUACUAUUGUUAUAAACCGAAAUCAACAAAAUCAAAUUUAGAAGGGCUAUAUUAACUCGCUAACCAGGAGGAUUUAUAAAAAUUUCCUGAAUGCCCUAUUUGUUUGGAAAACUUUGAAAUAAAUAAAUUAGCACUGUUGGCCCGAUUAGAAUGCUAACAUAUAUUUCACAUUCAAUGUUUGAGUAUGUGGAAAACCCAUUAGAACAAAAAAACACCUUAUUCAAUUUGUCCUUGUUGUAGAAAAGCUAUAGUGUGA